AUGCCUGCUGCCCCUGCUGGUGGCGCUCUUAACGGUCAACCACAUUUGUUCGGAGCCGAUCCUGAGGUUGCCGCCGGAGAAGGCGAUCUUGAGCGAUUACUGCGACAGCUGGAGGCUGGCCAGUACAUGACCGGAGGCCGGUGCCGAAGGGACUGCGACGUGGUCGGGAAUUUGUCGUUGGCAUUCACGAGGAGCGUGAGAUUGGUCGGAGAUGGAAGAGAUGCCUGGGUGUUCGACAUUGACGAGACGCUCCUCUCCAACGCGGAGAUCUUCAAUGAGACUUCCUUCAAUAAUUUGGUGAACUUUGCUGCCGCACCAGCUUUGCUAGCCAAUUUGAUUUUGUUCAAUGAGCUUAAGGAAUUGGGGUUCAGGAUAUUUCUCAUAACUGGGAGGAGUGAAUAUCAAAGGAAUGCUAUAGAGGCAAACCUUCUACUUGGGUACAGAAAUUGGGAGAUUUGA